UCAAGAUUUGUGGGGUUAAGUAGUGGAUGAUACCGGCGAACGAAAUGAUUACUCUUGCGUCGCCGGAUGCUCGUGCUUCCCCAGCCACACAAGCUCAACAAGCAGCGCAACCUUCUGCUCCUGGAAUGCAAGUAGACAGAGAAGAAAUAUUGCAAUGGAUUUUGGAUUUGAAAGAUUGUAACAAGCGAGAAAAUGCUCUUUUGGAGCUGAGUAAGAAGAGAGAUAGCGUACCAGAACUGCCAAUCUGGUUGUGGUAUUCUUUUGGCACAAUGGCUGCACUUCUACAGGAGGUCAUUGCCAUAUAUCCAGCCAUUAUGCCGGCGAACUUGACAGCUGCACAAUCGAAUCGCGUUUGUAACGCUUUGGCAUUGAUGCAGUGUGUAGCUAGUCACAAGGAUACGAGAGGACCGUUUUUACAAGCGCAUAUUCCUUUGUAUUUGUAUCCCUUUUUGCACACAACAAAAACAUCCCGUCCAUUCGAAUAUCUCCGCCUAACCUCACUUGGCGUGAUUGGUGCUUUGGUGAAGACUGACGAGAAGGAGGUUAUCUCUUUUCUUUUAUCCACGGAAAUAAUUCCGCUGUGUUUGCGAAUCAUGGAGCAAGGAACAGAACUAUCCAAAACUGUUGCUACAUUUAUUCUUCAAAAAAUUCUCUUGGAUGAUACUGGCUUGUCAUACAUAUGUCAGACAUACGAAAGAUUUAGUCAUGUGGCCAUGAUCCUCGGUAAAAUGGUGAUGAAGCUUUCUCGUGAUCCCUCUUCUCGAUUGCUGAAACAUGUGAUUCGUUGUUAUAGUCGUCUUAGUGAUAAUCCACGCGCUCAACAAGCCUUGCGUCAGUGCUUGCCGGACCAGCUCAAGGAUGAGACUUUCAAAGCCGAACUUGAUGAGGAUAAAUCUAGUCGACAUUGGCUCCGCUCCCUGAUGAAUAAUCUUGACAUCCACUUCUUUGGCUGCGAAUCGUUCAGAUAUAUGUUAUGAGAAGUUACGGUGUAAAUUCGUGUAUGCAUCAUACACCUUCUAUGAAGUGAUGGAGUGUAAAUCGUAGUUAAUGUAGAUAUUUGAUACAAUGUUUCCAUCAAGCAUUCUCUUCUGUUGUCGGUAGUCCAGUAAAUCUACCAUUGCCGCAGAGAACACCUGGGGUUCUGAUAUCAUCUGCCACGCGGCACUUGGUUUGUUAUGUUUUGAUUCCGCCGCUAUGCUGCUCAUUUUCAGUCUGAGUUUCGCUUCGAUCAAUAUGUUGAAAUUUACGAAGACAGAUCAGAGCGGCAGUAUUAAGUUGGAGAGGCCGAUUCAAAACCU